GCUUCUCGUUGAUCACGUGUUGGUGACGUCAGAGCAGGCGGGCUCACGUCGGACACGCACCCCCGCGCAUGCGUAGUGCGCAGGUGGACUCUGGCUCCUCUCCAGCGAGCCUCUGUGUUGUCUCCGUGUCUCCAGGAGAAAUGCUGAGACUGUUGGUGAAGCAGCAAGUCGACGCGGUCGUUGAAGAGGCUUUUGUGCUGUUGGACACACUAACAGCAGCUUAUGAGGACACCGUGUCUCGUCUCGGAGAACAUGAGCUACACACAUCAGAUGUCCCCCCUGAGGGCCUGGACCAGGGCCCGGAGGACCCGGAGCCCCUCCACAUGAAAGAGGAGCCGGAGCCCCUCCACAUAAAAGAGGAGCCGGAGCCCCUCCACGUAAAAGAGGAGCCGGAGCCUCUCCACAUGAAAGAGGAGCCGGAGCCCCUCCACAUAAAAGACCUGCAGGAUCUCUGGACCCGUCUAGAGGGAGAUCAGCUCAUUGUGCUGCAGGAGGCCGAUAUCGCGAAGUUCUCAUCCAUUGUUGUUACUUUGAAGAGUGAAGAUGACGAACCUCAGACCUCACAGCUUCAUCAAAGCCAGACGGAGGACGACAGAGAGGCGGAGCCUCCUGCCGGCAGCUCAGCUACACCGAUAGAAACAGAAACUGAUGGAGAGGACUGUGGGGGAUCAGGACCAGCCUGGAACCUAAAUCCACUUAGUCUUUCACAUCCAAAUGCUGUUGAUGAAAAGGCUUCAGGAUCUUCUGAUACUGAAGUCAUUCAUGGUGAUUGGCAAGAACCGUUGUCAGAUUCUGGACCUGAAAGUGAAGACGGGGAUGAUAUCUGGAAGGAGACCAGGGAAUCCUUCAGCUUCUUCAAGUGUAGUAAACGGUGUUACCACAAGGGGUUUCUGCAGAAACACAUGAGGUGUCAUUUUGGAAAAAUAUCCUCCAGCUAUUUGGUUAGAAAGAAAUGUUUUAGAGAGAAGCCAAAGAAAGAAUCACGGCCAAGAGGUCUAACAGGAGAGAAACCAUUCAGUUGUGAUGUUUGUGGGAUGAAAUGUACAACCCAGGGAUCUCUGAAGAUUCACAUGUUAGUACACACAGGAGAGAGACCAUUCAGUUGUGAUGUUUGUGAGCAAGGAUUUACACAACAGGGCUCGCUGAAGACACACAUGAGAGUACACACAAGAGAGAAACCAUUCAGUUGUGAAGUUUGUGGGAAAAGAUUUACAGCACAGGGAAGUGUAAAUAUACACAUGAGAGUUCACAAAGGAGAGAAACCAUUCAGUUGUGAUGUUUGUGGGAAAAGAUUUACAGCACAGGGAAGUGUGAAGACACACAUGAGAGUCCACACAGGAGAGAAACCAUUCAGUUGUGAUGUUUGUGGGAAAAAAUUUACAGUACAUGGAAGUGUGAAGACACACAUGAGAGUCCACACAGGAGAGAAACCAUUCAGUUGUGAUGUUUGUGGGAAAAGAUUUGCAGUACAGGGACAUUUAAAGGCACACAUGAGAGUCCACACAGGAGAGAAACCAUUCAGUUGUGAUGUUUGUGGGACAAGAUUUACAGAACAGGGACAUCUGAAGAGACACAUGAGAGUCCACACAGGAGAGAAACCAUUCAGUUGUGAUGUUUGUGGGAAAAGAUUUACAGAACAGGGAAGUGUGAAGACACACAUGAGAAUCCACACAGGAGAGAACAUUUGAAAUUAAUGUAAAAUGUUUUUACGGCUGAGUGUCGGCUGACUGCUGCGGUCCGGCUUGAUGCAGCCAAAUUAUGUGUGUGUGUCUAUUCUGUAUUUCUAGUCCUGUUACAAUCUAAUAUAGUUUGUAAAAGUGUUGAUUCUAGUUCUGCUUAUUAAUUUUGAUUUAAAUGCAGAUAAGGACGCGGGGCCCAGUACACAAUAACAGAUAUAAUUGUUUGUAAUGUUUUCCAGGUUGGAUGUGAAGGACUAAGAACAAGUCUUUCAAAUGAGUUGUAGUUUCAUUUAGGAUGUAUUGAUAGGCUCGAGUCAAAGAUGGCUGCCACUCCACCUCCUCGGCCGGUGACUCAAGGAACCACCGGGCUCGGGUCUGAGUGCCACACACCGGAUCCAGAAGUAAGACCAUGUUCAGAGACACACAACUAGUUUUGAUACUGAACACAACAUCAAGUUGAGUCGUGUCUCUUGGCAACGCGCUGUAUCUCACGGUAACAACUACUGCCCAGAGACUGACGGCACGACGCGCUCCGAGCUGCUCAACAUGCUCUUUGGUGAGUUGAUAACUCUGGUUCCAACCGUUUUCUUUACGACAUUCAGAGCACGAAGCAGCAACCGACGAUUAUCUCUGGAGAUUUAGAGGAGUGAUGCAGAAUGAAGUCUCCCUCCUUCUGUGUGGUUGUUGUCAGUCUGUGGUUGGUUGACGUGGACGUGCUCCACAGCAAAGUUCUGCAGGGACGACGUUGUUUUGAACUUAGCGUCUCAAUGGGUCCCUCAACAAAAGGCUGUUGGGAUUUUUUUUAAAAGUUUGCUUGCCUGUAAACAAUAUUAUGAAUUAAAUAUAUUCUGGGUGACAGUAGACACUGAGUGUGGAUGCUGGAUCUCUGUCUCAUGGGACAUGUUUCAUGUAUUUCAUCAUGAGAGUCAACUGUAAUUGGGUUUGCUUUACUAUUUAUAUAAAUCAUCUUAUUGUAACUGGAA